AUGCUGUCCCGCUUCGUCCAGCUGUUUCUGCUGGCGUCAAUGAUCCUUUUGAUCCCUUCGCUCCUCUACCUCAGCCACGGCCCAUCGAACACCUACCUCGAUCCCAAGACCGGCCUCGCCUAUUCCUCCGACUCGAUCCGUCCCGACGUCAACCCGCUCUCGAACUCGAACCCGCUGGCGCAGACCUCGCAGGGCGAUGGCGUCGAUGCGCAGCAGGCGCACAAGUGGUCCGGCUGGACCUGGAGCGGCGUCAACAGCGAUGUGAUCAAGAAGCCUGUUGAGAAGUUCGAAGGCACCUGGAAAGGCUGGAUGGACGCUUGGAAGAGCAGCGGCAGGGAGACCUCACCACUGGUGCAGUCGAGCACCACCGACGGCUCCGGGGCCGCAAAGGCGGCGGUGGCGGGGUCGGCGGACGAUGCAAAGGUCAAGAGCCCUUCGAAGCAGACGGAAGAGCGCAUCGACGGCAUCAUCAUGCCAAAGAUGGGCAACGCGACCGCAAAAGCCGCGCUAGGCCGAUCGACAUGGCACUUUCUACACACCAUGACGCUGCGCUUCCCGGACAAGCCGACAAAGGAACAGCGAAAGACGCUGCAGACGUUUUUCGAAAAUUUUGCGCUGCUCUACCCGUGUGGCGACUGCGCGCGGCACUUCCAGGCGCUGAUCAAGGAGUUGCCGCCACAGACGGGCUCGCGGAUGAACUCGGCACUCUGGCUCUGCACCGUGCACAACAAGGUCAACGAGCGGCUGGGCAAGCCCGAGUUUCCCUGCGACAAGCUCGACGAGAGCUACGACUGCGGUUGCGGCGACGAUCCAAAGGCCUCGGCGGGCGGCACGGCACCGGCCGCAACCUCGACCGCGCCGGCCGCGGCCAAGUCGACGCCGAGCCUGAGGCCCUUCAAUCUUGCUCAAAAGCAGCGCCUCGAGGAUGGCGUCAGGGCGCUCGGCAGGAGGGCGUUGGAGUUUGGCAGCGUCGGAUCGAUGGACGAAGGGGCGCAGCAUUUGGCCAGACGCAUGACGGACGAGUGCCUUUGCAGGGUGCGGUGA